AGGUCAUCCUCCAGGAUGGGGGAUAGGAAUCCCAACCAAGCGUUUGACCCUGGUCGUCCACCACUGGCUGCAUCGAAGACAAGGGACCGCACUGGCACUUCCACUGUCGCCCUUGAAUCUUCCGACAGCUCAACGGUUGAAGAAAUGGAAUCGGACAACGAUUUCACACUUGCCGUUGGUCGCCGUUUGAAGAGAAAACUCAGGAGGACAUCAACAGACAGUGAAUCGUUGCCCAGGCAGGACAGUGCAAUGGCUGAGAACCCCAAGGUGAUCCUUGUGUUCAGCGGAAAAAGAAAGUCUGGAAAGGACUACAUAACAGAGACGCUGAGGAAAAGGAUUGGAGAUGACAAGUGCGCAAUACUGCGCCUUUCGGAACCAAUAAAAGAGGCAUAUGCAAAGGAGCACAACCUCGACUACAAUCGACUCCUCGACUCGUCCGACUACAAGGAGCUGUACCGCGCCAAGAUGGUUGCGUGGGGCGAGGAGAAACGCAACCAGGACUUGUCCUUCUUCUGCCGCCUGGCGGUCAAGAAGAGGGGCCGGCCCGAGUUUCCUGUGUGGAUGGUGAGCGACGCCCGGCGGGAGAGUGACAUCGAGUACUUCCGGGAGACUUUCGCCUGCCCCACGUUUACUGUCCGGGUCAGAGCGCGCGAAGGCACGCGCAGAGACCGCGGAUGGGUGCAGACCCCAGGUAUCGAUGAUGCCACAACCGAGUGUGGGCUCGACCAUGUGGACAACUGGGAUUUUGUGAUAAACAACAACGAUGACGACAACUUGGAAGGCCAACUUGAAUCUGUUCUUCAAGCUGUGCACGAGCACUGUUCAUGAUGUGCCAAUGGCUUUCUUCAAGACUGCAUUUCCCGCCUGUGCCAAGCCUCAUUAACAUAACCAGAUCUAUAUUGCUCACUACAAUCAGCUUCUGCAUUCAUAUCGAUGUUCAACGAAACAUUCCAAGCAUUUGCGAAGGCAAUCAAUAUUUUGAAAGUUGAGCUUCGGGGGGUCUAUUCUACCCAACUGUAUAACUGUUUCCAGUUAUUUUCCUGUUAUUAAACAUGUUUAAACACCACUGA